GCUGAGCUCAGCAGCAUGACGGCAGUGGGGCUGCAGACGGCACUGUGCCUACGUCACAGAUAUUGCUCAGCACAAGAGUGGCUGCAUGCCCUACUAAUUUAUGGCUGCACGUUUUAACGCACGGAUUAAGGACUGAAUACGGAUUGAUGGAAAAUAAAGAAGACCAUGAAAAACAUAGAUAAUACAGAGAGUGGGAAUGAUGACAACUGUGAUGAGAGUGAGGAGGUUCCAAUGAGACGGAGCUUCUCGGUCGAGGAUCUUUUGGAUGAGGUGGAGAAGAUCUGCUAUGAUGCCCCAGGAACCUCAAAGGUGGAGAUGGUGGUGAGGCUGUGGAAGGACGGCUUCACCAUCAACGACCAGGAGUUCCGGAGCUACGCCACGCCCGAGAACCAAGACUUCCUGGACACCAUAAAACGAGGGGAGCUCCCGCUGGAGUGGGAGAGCCGAGCAGAGGAGGAGGAGCUGGAGAUCAACGUGGAGGACCUGACGGAGGAGCUCUACGUCCCUAGGAAGAAGGCCUUCCACGCCUUCAGCGGUCACGGCUACCGGCUGGGCAGUGUGGCGCCCCGAGUCGUGGCCCGAUCGCCAUCUGUGCACGAGGAAGGAGAGUCCCCUCCUAUCCCCAUGGUAACACUGGACCAUGCCCUGCCCGUCACCUCGCUGCAGAUCUGGCUGGCCGACGGGAGGAGACUGGUGCAGCGCUUCAACCUAUCGCAUCGCGUCAGCGACGUCCAUGACUUUGUGUCCCGCUGCCAGAGGACCUGCCCCCCCUUCGUCCUGACCACCUCGCUGCCCUCCAGGGUGCUCCGCGAGGGGGGGCUGAGCCUGGAGGAGGCCGACCUGGCCCACGCCGUCAUAGUCCAGAGACCCCUUGACACAGAGGCCCCCUUCGGUCAGUCGUCCUGACCCCGCAACGGACCUGUCCGCGACGACACGCAUACACACCCGCACGUAAGCGCCACACACAUGCAUAUUAACGCAAGCAGACACACACACACACACACACACACACACACACACACACACACACACACACACACACACACACACACACACAUAAUAACACACCCACACACCCACAAACACAUUAACACAAGCAUACACACACACAUACACACAAACACACACACACACAAAAACACA